UGUCUGAGCAAAAACCAGCUAAUCCAAAUCAUCACAGAGAGCUUCUUUAAGAACAAGAGCAAAAUGAAAUCUGCUGCAGCUUUUGUUGUUCUUGCUUGUCUGCUUAUGGUGCAUGUACAAGGUCAAACCAUGCUGAGUGUAAAGAGGUGCCUAUGUCAAGGUUCUGGGGUGAACAUGGUUCGUCUACAACGUGUUGAGAAGGUUGAAGUUUAUCCUGCUGGUCCAUCUUGUGAAAAUAUAGUAAUUAUUGUCACUUUGAAGAACGGUGCACAAAAAUGCUUCAAAAAAUCCAGUUUUCCCCAUAAUUACAUCAACAGAGCCAUUAAAAAGAGGCGAGAACAUCAGCUUGAAUACAAUAAGACUGAUGAACUUCAAGCCAUCUCUGAACCUGACCAGAUCUUCAAGACUGAUACUGAAAUGAAGACGGCUGCAGCUUUGGCUCUCAUCUGUCUGCUUGUGGUCGACGUCAGGGGACAGGCAAGAGAGCCCAGAGGAAGGUGUUUAUGUGCUGAUGGCGGCCUCAAAAUGCUUCGUCCAAAUCGGGUGGAGAAGCUCGAAAUUUUGCCUGCAAGCCCCUCCUGUGGAAAACAAGAGAUCAUUGUGACUCUGAAGGACGGUGCAGGGAAGAAAUGCUUGAACCCAGAGUCAAACUUUGUCCAGGAGCUCAUCAAGAAGAUGAUGGAAAACAGGCGCUCACAGUAGAAGAAACUCCAGAGUGUCAUUUGUUCUCAAGGUUCUUUCCAUAGACACCCUGAGGUCAACAGAAAGAAGGCAGCUGUUCAUCAGUCAUGGACUUUCACUGUGCUGAUAUUUUCAUACAUCUAACUGACGUUUCUCCACUGAAUGUACGUUUUUCAAUGUAAUUAAUUUUGUUCAGCUGACCACUAAACACUGUGAUGUACAAAGAUUUCAUAUUUCACUUUGUGUCUGUA